AUGAUUUCCGAUGAAUAUACAUAUGAAUUAAUCGAUAAUGAAGAUGACGCGCGCAUAUGUGCUCAAUUAAUCGCUGACGAAUUCGUCGCGGUUAAUUCAAUGGUUAUUCUCGAUCGGUUAAAUUCGCAAAGUAUGUUUGACGAAGACACAUGGCCGACAAUGCUUGAAAUGUUUCAUGAACGAUUAUCAUUCCUUGCACGGCAUCGUCAAUCAGGUGAAAUUGUUGCUGCUAUCAGCGCAUGCGAUCUUUAUUUAGCACAAAAACGACAUCCCUACGAUCCAUCAAGUGCUCCUUCGACGAUUCCAUACUUCGAUUUAUUGGAAGAUUUGGAUAAUAUGUUUAUUCAUCAUGAUUUUCAACAAGAACUUAAACCAAACAUGGUUUUACAGAUUGUUGUCGGUGCCACUCGAGUGGAACACUCAGGCAAAGGUAUAGCGACUCGAUUGCGAACGAUUCUAUGCGAAUAUGCUCGCGACAAACGAGAAUUUCAAUAUGCAUUAGCGCAAACUACAAACGAAGCAACCCGUCAUAUAUAUGUGGAUAAAAUGGGUGGAAUACCACUAACAACCAUCGAUCCGAAAACAUGGAUAUGGAAGAAGAAAGGUGAUCAAGUAUGUCCUUAUAAAGACCAUACAGGUAUACCUAUUCCGAAUAUUUUAAUAAAGUUAUGA